AUGUUCAAGAGCGCGAGAAGAGCAGGGCUGGCAGGGUCGGCGGUGCAGGUGCCCGUGGCGGUUCACGCGGCGGGCGCCGCCCAGCACGUAGACCGGGACGAGCUGUUGCAGUUUGUGGGGGCGUUUGUGGCCGAGAAGGAGGCCGCUAUCACGGUCGGCGGCGGCGGCGAGGAGGUGGACGCGACGCUGGGCGGGGCGUUGGCGCAGCUCAAGAGGUUCGAGCGCGAUCUCAAGGGUUUGGCGCCUGCGGCGCUCGACGCGUGA